AGACUCUCCCUAUUCCCUUGUUAAUAACUACCUCCUGUAAUCGACCAAUCACAAGCCAGGAACAAAAGGAAGUUCAAUUAAAGCUUUACCAUGAGUAAGCAUGCCCCCAUGAAGAGUAUGUAACGAUGUGCCUUACUUUCUGUGGUGGGGUUCACCGUGUAAGGAGUGGAUUUACUUUAGGGGCAGCUUGGAGGGAGUUCUUGGUCAAGUUUUUUGGAAAAAUCAAGCUCAAAUAUGAGCACCAAGAAGGAAAAAGGCCGUGGCGAAAGCUACCGUGUUGCUGUUCAGACAGAGGUCCCUGACGAUGGCCGCAAUGCAUCGGGCCACCCCAAGAAGGGGAAGAAACAAAAGAAGAAGGAUUUGGAGGAGCUCAAAAAGGAAAUGGAAUUUGAUGAUCACAAGAUCCCCAUGGAUGACCUGAUUGGACGUUUGAAAACCAACAUCGACCGAGGUUUGACUCAAGAUCAGGCUGCGGCUGUCCUUGCUCGCGAUGGACCCAAUGCUUUGACCCCACCACCUAAGACACCUGAAUGGGUGAAGUUCUGCCAGCAGUUGUUUGGUGGUUUUGCUACUCUGUUGUGGAUUGGAUCUAUCCUCUGUUUCUUGGCCUAUGGUAUCGAGGCCGGCACAAAGGAUGAACCGAGCAGUGACAAUUUGUACCUGGGUAUUGUGCUUGCUAGUGUGGUUAUCAUCACCGGAUGUUUCUCCUACUAUCAAGAGGCUAAGAGUUCUAAGAUCAUGGAAUCCUUCAAGAACAUGGUUCCACAGGAAGCCCUUGUGUUACGUGGUGGCGAAUGGCACUCGAUCAAUGCUAUUCACGUCGUUCGUGGUGACAUCGUGGAAGUGAAGGGCGGAGACAGGAUCCCAGCAGACGUCAGAGUCAUUGAAGCCAAAUCGUUCAAGGUUGACAACUCCUCCCUGACUGGAGAAUCUGAGCCCCAAUCUCGCAGCCCUGACUUCACAAGUGACAACCCUCUUGAAACCAGGAACAUUGCAUUUUUCUCCACCAAUGCCGUCGAAGGUACUGCUCGUGGUGUUGUCAUUAGCACCGGUGAUAACACCGUCAUGGGUCGCAUUGCUAACCUUGCCUCUGGACUGGACGUCGGUGAGACACCCAUCGCCAAGGAGAUUGAGCAUUUCAUCCACAUCAUCACUGCCGUUGCCGUCUUCUUGGGCGUGUCCUUCUUCUUCCUCUCAUUCCCUCUGGGUUACAAUUGGCUUGAAGCUUGCGUGUUCCUCAUCGGUAUCAUCGUAGCCAACGUACCGGAGGGUCUCUUGGCUACCGUCACUGUAUGUCUGACUUUGACUGCCAAGCGUAUGGCCAGCAAGAACUGCCUUGUGAAGAAUCUGGAGGCUGUAGAAACCCUUGGUAGUACCUCAACCAUCUGCUCAGAUAAGACUGGUACCCUGACACAGAACAGGAUGACAGUUGCUCAUAUGUGGUUUGAUAACACCAUUGUAGAGGCCGACACCACAGAAGACCAGAGUGGUGGUCAAUUCGACAAGUCAUCACCUACCUGGAUGGCCCUUGCUCGCAUCGCUUGUCUCUGUAACCGAUCUGAGUUCAAGGCUGGACAAGAAAAUGUACCCAUUCUGAAGCGAGAUACAACCGGAGACGCCUCUGAAUCUGCCCUGGUAAAGUGCGUUGAACUUUGUAUGUUCAAUGUGACGGAAUACCGUAAGAAGAACAAGAAAGUCUGCGAGAUCCCUUUCAACUCCACCAACAAAUACCAGGUGUCCAUCCACGAGGCUGAUGGUGAUGACCGUAACCUCCUGGUCAUGAAGGGCGCCCCCGAACGUAUCUUGGACCGUUGUACAACAAUCCUAAUCAAUGGCAAAGAAGAAGCAAUGUCAGAAGAAAUGCAGACUGCUUUCAACAACGCCUAUCUUGAACUGGGAGGUCUCGGAGAACGUGUUCUCGGUUUCUGCCACCUUUACCUGCCUGCUGACCAAUUCCCUCGUGGCUUUGCCUUCGAUGCUGAUGAUGUCAACUUCCCGUUGGAGAAACUCUGCUUCGUUGGUCUCAUGUCUAUGAUCGAUCCUCCACGUGCUGCUGUACCCGAUGCCGUAGGAAAGUGCCGAUCUGCAGGAAUCAAGGUUAUCAUGGUUACUGGUGACCAUCCCAUCACAGCCAAGGCUAUCGCCAAGGGUGUCGGAAUCAUCUCCGAAGGUAAUGAGACUCGUGAUGACAUCGCUCAACGUCUUGGAAUCCCCAUCGAUGAAGUCAACCCCAAGGAUGCUAAAGCCAUUGUUGUCCACGGUUCUGAACUCAAAGACCUCGCUCGUGACGACCUUGAUGCUAUCCUGAGUGAUCACCCCGAGAUUGUCUUCGCCCGUACCUCGCCCCAGCAGAAGCUGAUCAUCGUUGAAGGUUGCCAGCGUGCCGGUGCUAUUGUAGCUGUGACCGGUGAUGGUGUCAACGAUUCGCCCGCCCUGAAGAAGGCCGACAUUGGUGUGGCUAUGGGUAUCGCUGGCAGUGACGUCAGCAAACAGGCUGCCGAUAUGAUCUUGCUCGAUGACAACUUUGCUUCUAUUGUCACCGGUGUUGAAGAAGGUCGUUUGAUCUUUGACAACUUGAAGAAGUCAAUUGCCUACACUCUGACCAGUAACAUCCCCGAGAUCAGUCCCUUCCUCAUCUUCAUCCUGGCUUCUAUCCCUCUACCAUUGGGUGUCGUUACUAUCCUCUGUAUCGAUCUUGGUACCGAUCUGGUCCCUGCCAUCUCUCUUGCCUAUGAAGAGGCUGAGUCUGACAUCAUGAAGCGUCGUCCCCGUGAUCCUCAGAACGACAAACUGGUUAACGAGCGUCUCAUCAGUGUAUCUUACGGACAAAUUGGUAUGAUCCAAGCUUCUGCCGGUUUCUUUGCCUAUUUCGUCAUCAUGGGUGAGAAUGGAUUCCUUCCCAAUGAUCUGGUCAUGUUGCGUAGUAAGUGGGACGACAAGGCUGUACUCAACGUAGAGGACUCCUACGGUCAACAAUGGGGCUUCAACCAGCGUAAGCAACUGGAGUACACCUGUCAUACUGCUUUCUUUGUAUCUAUCGUGGUUGUACAAUGGGCUGAUGUCAUCAUCUGUAAGACUCGCCGCAACUCCCUCAUCCACCAGGGAAUGAACAACUGGGUGUUGAACUUCGGUCUGUUCUUCGAGACUGCUCUGGCCGCUUUCCUCUCGUACUGCCCUGGUCUUGAGAACGGUCUCCGUAUGUACCCACUUAGGAUCGGAUGGUGGUUCGUCGCUAUGCCAUUCUCCCUUCUCAUCUUCGUCUACGACGAGUGUCGUCGUUUCAUCCUUCGUCACAACCCCGGUGGUUGGGUCGAAAUGGAGACAUACUACUGACUUCUUCAAUCCCAAUGCUCCUACCCCGUAUCCCCCUAUGACACAGUCCCUCCUACUACUCCUCCCCUCAAAGCCCCCACUAAGGUCCUCGCCAAGCCCAAGCCAAUCGCCAAGACCCUCAGCAAGCCCAAUUCUAAUCAGGGCCCAUCAACCGCUGCCCAUUCAACAAACUUCCACCCGUAUACUGCAAGUCAGCGAUCAUACCUCCAUGCGCACCGCCCUCUACAGUCUCCAAUCACUACAGUCCUCCUCCAGUCACUACCCCCUCCUGAACUCCUAGCUCCCAAACCCGAUCUCCCCUCUCGCCCCGUCAAAGAAGAUCGACUAGAAAUGUCUGCUGCUCAAUCUCUCAUUCUCAAGUUCUUUGAUAACCUCUGCAGACAAACUCAGCGUUGCCCCGGGAAGACGUUUUCUCGUAUUCUCCACGGCACGCUAAUCUUUUUACGAUACCCAAGCUUCGUGACGUUAUGAAUCGUCAAGCUCAGAGUGUUUUAUUCACAAUACAUUCAAUUUUUAUUUGUUGAUGGUACUAUUUUUAAAAACUUGAAAUUUCUAUUGUAUAUUGAUUCAAAUAACUAAAUAUGAAACUUAUUGAAAAGUCGAGUAUUCUAUUUGAAAUCUACAUUAUAUUAAUUUAAAAAUAUUGAUCUUUGUAUACUGCAAUACGUAUGCACCAAAUGACAGUUGAAUAUCGGAGAGGUCAUUUGUCUGGUAUGCAUGCGGAAGUGAGAAUAGGAUAUAUUUUAUUAAAGGGUUAUCAAUGAGCUUGAGAGGAAGAAAAACUUACGAGGUAGUAGCGUUGGGUUCAGUGAUCUUCAUAUCCUCCUUAUUGGUGAAUUAUUCUGUGAAUUUGUGAUUUAGAAGCAUUACAUAUUAAAUGCAGGCUUAGUUUGCGUUGGUGUUCAUUAAUCAUAUACUAGUCAGUAUUGACUUUUUUAAAGUGAGGUACAAGGUGUCAAAAUCACGUAAUUAUCAUCUUUUUGGUUGAAAUGUUUGGAUAUAUGAAAUUGUAUAGUUUUAGUAUGUCAGUUGAUGUAUAAUAUUGCUGAAGACGUGUAUGUAAUGAUUCAUUAAAUGUACAGGAGAUCUGAGUGGGUCGAUGCGUAAAUCAUCAAAAACUGCAUCCAUGCCAGUUACAAUGAGAACUUUCAAACUUCAGUUUUUUUCAUGAAAUUUACAUAUUACUGCACACAUGUGUGCAGUUUACUCACUUUAUGAAAAAACAUUGUUUCAAAUAAUAGAGUAAUUGCCAUGAAUUUGCUCUUGGUUUCCUGUAGUUAAUUAUAUUAAUAUGGACCCCCUGCCAAAACCAGUGAUUUUAUAUUUCCCCUUUGCGAGUUGGAUAUUACCAUGAGUUCGCCUAUGGUGCCAUGAUACAACUCGGGCAAUAUAUCUCUGCUAAGCUGGGCUGUUUAAUAUUUGGUCAUUAUUAUACUUCACUGUUUUUGGUGUAUUAUGCUUAACUGCCAUAAAAACCUGUACCUCUAGGUCCCGAAGGAAAGAAAAAAGAAGUUUUUAAUUGUGUUUUAUUUUAAACAUUGUGAAAAUUGUGAUUGUCAAAUGAAUUUUGAGUGUUUUGGUUGUCCAUGAAUAUUAAAUUGGUUUUUAUCAUUCCCCUGA